AUGGGGGAAUUGGUCUUGUGUGAACCAACAGAGCUUUACAACAUCCUGAACCAGGUUUCAAAACUCUCCAGAUUAGCUGAACCCAACUAUCUCUGUUUACUGGAUGUUCGUGCCAAAUGGGAGUAUGAUGAAAGCCAUGUGAUUACUGCUCGCCGAGUGAAGCAGAAAGGAAAGGAGUAUCUUAUUCCAGAGUCUGUGGAUCUGGAGUGUGUGAAAUACUGCGUGGUGUACGACAGCAACACCAGCUCCCUGGACGUGAUCUUGGAGAACAACAAUGAUGACAGUUCUGACGAUCUUGAACAAGGACUGGUGCUUGGAGCUGCCAUUGAGUGUGGCCGAGUCCUGACCCACCUCACCUGCCACCCUGUCUACAUUCUGAGAGGGGGCUAUGAGCGCUUCUCGGCCAUGUAUCACUUCUUCAGGACCCAGAAGAUCAUCUGGAUGCCCCAGGAACUGGAUGCAUUUCAGCCAUACCCUGUUGAGAUAAUACCAGGCAGCAUCUACUUGGGCAAUUUCAGCCAAGCCUGCAACCCUCAGAUUCAGAAGGAUUUGAAAAUCAAAGCCCAUGUCAAUGUCUCCAUGGAGACAGGACCAUUUUUUGUAGGUGACGCUGACAGGCUUCUUCACAUCCAGGUGGAAGAUUCACUGGAAGCCAACAUCUCUCCCUUUCUACGCCACCUCUGUCACUUCAUUGACAUUCACCUUGAGCUUGGCUCUGUCAUCCUGGUCUUUUCCAAAUUGGGCAUCAGUCGCAGCUGUGCAGCCAUCAUUGCCUACCUCAUGCACCAGCAGGAGCAGACCUUGAAGAGGUCCUGGGCCUACGUCAAGAAAUGCAAAGGCAACAUGAGUCCCAAUCGGAGCCUGGUGAGUCAGCUGCUGCUUUGGGAGAAGAUCGUCCUUGGGGACAGCAUCACGGACAUCUCGGAUCUGCUUUACUGA